AUGUAUCCAUGUAAUCAUCAAAAUACAUCCAUUCAUCUUUCACCAAACCAAACCAAACCAAACCAAACCAAACCAAACCAAACCGACACGGGCUCUGGCCAGAAGCCACUCGACAACCUCACUAAAAACGAGCUCCACAUUCUCGUCGGGCUCCCCCACCAGCUGGUGCCACAUCCCGGGAUACAUCCUCAGCGUUUUAUCCUUGCUAGCGGCCCGGCGAUAGAGAUCCUCCGCACAUGCGGGGUCGCACACAAUGUCAUCUCCCCCGUGCACAAUCAGGAAAGGGACCUCAACCUCACCAAACUUAUCCUGCACCUCCCGGCAAACCCUCAGCAGCUCCUGAGCCGUGGCUGCACGUGGCCUCUGCACGGGCCUCCUCGGGCUUGCUAG